CUUAGGGGCCUCCAACCCUUUCUCCCCCAGAAUCAACACUCCUUUUAAGCCUACCACUUCCUCUGUUUCCAAAUGGCCCCUGGUUUUCCCUUCUUCUUUCUAUAUAAUCAUUUCUUAUCCCUCUUCUUCUUUCAAACUUUGCCCCUUUUCUUCGCUUUUUCUUACUUAUUCGACUCUCAUUUCUUGUUUUCGACGAACCCCAUUUUCAUUUCUCUUCAAUUUUUGAUUCUUUUGCUCUAUUAACAACGACCCAGAUCGUUGUUCUUCAUUGUUCUUCAUUGUUCUUCAUUGUUCGAUGAUUUUCAUAUCUGGGUUUUUGAUUUUGGGUCGAUUCGUUCUGUUUUGAGGCCGAUUUCUUUGGGGGGUUUUGGUUUUUGAGCUGUGAUGGCGACGGAAACGAGAAUGGUGGAACAGAGGAGUAACAGAGUAGGGCAUAUGAGUAAGGUUCAGUAUGUGAAAAGGGAUAUCAAAAAGAGGAAAUGUAGAGAUAUCAAGCGGCCUGUUCCAGUGGUUCCUAUGACGCUUCAGGAACUGUUCGUUGCUUGCAAGGAAGUCUUCAAAGGCCCUGGAACUGUUCCAUUGCCUUGUGAAGUUGAAAACCUCUGUCGCAUUCUUGAUAAUAUGAAGUUAGAAGAUGUUGGACUUAGUAAUAAUUUACCGUUUUUCAAGCACAAUGUUCCAGUCAAAGGAUCCCCUAGAGUAAUAUACACAACCAUAUAUAAGUGUGACGAAUUCUCGUUGUGCAUCUUCUUCCUCCCCGAGACCGGCGUAAUCCCUCUACACAACCAUCCCGGAAUGACGGUUUUUAGUAAGCUUCUAAUGGGGAAGAUGCAUAUCAAAUCAUAUGAUUGGGUUGAUCCAACCAACAGUGAUGAUCCUACCAAACCUUGUGAAAAGAGAUUAGCUAAGUUGAAAACUGAUUCGGUCUUCACUUCGCCCUCGAGUACCUCUGUCUUGUACCCGACAUCAGGAGGCAACAUCCACUCGUUCACUGCUAUAACCCCGUGUGCGGUGCUUGAUGUGCUUGGACCUCCUUACUCCAUGGACGACGAUCGAGAUUGUUCAUAUUAUAAGGAGCAUCCCUAUGGCUCUUUUUCAAAUGGUGGCAUGGCAAUGACAGAAGAAGAGGCUAAGGGAUAUGGAUGGUUAGAAGAGAUUGAGAUGCCAGAAAACUCUCGCAUGGAUGGCAUACAAUACUUAGGCCCACAGAUUAUGGACAUUUAAGCCUAUUUUAUUUUGUUUUGUUUGUAUAUAAAAUGGUACAAAGUUGUAACUUUUAAGGAUGUUCUUCCAUGGAAGUUUGUGGUUUUUUCUUAUCUAUUCGAUUGAUCGAGGUUGUUAUUGUU